CCUGUGAAAGUGGGAGGUGAAUGUUGUCAACGUGACUGUCAGCAAGUAACGUCGGACGUGCACUGAGACGCACUCGCCGCUGCUGGAAGCUCGGGACUUUGGAAGUGGCCGGACGGGGAACACGGGCGCCGGCAAGACCCGCAGGACGACAAAAAAAUGUGGAAAUAAGUCGUUGCCUCCGUGUAUACCCAGGAUCUGCCUUUAGGCCAUUUCGAAGCAUUUAGGACAACGCACGUUUUUGUUUCUUUUUUACCUUUUUGGUUAGGUUUUUUUUUUUCCCGUAUUGUAACCCACUACCGGUAGCUAGCUGAGCAGCCGAGCAAAGCUGUCAGGCACUCAGGUAGCCUGAAAAAGCAGACGAGUGCGCGGUGACAAAAGGAAGGUGGCGAGGUAACGAUGAACCGCUUCCGAAAGUGGCUCUACAAGCCCAAGAGGACGGACCCUCAGCUUCUGGCCCAAUUCUACUAUGCUGACGAUGAGCUGAACCAGGUGGCCGCAGAGCUGGACAACCUUGAUGGCAGGAAGGACCCUCAAAGAUGUACGCUGCUGGUCAACCAGUUCCGGUCCUGCCAGGACAAUGUGUUGAACAUCAUCAAUCAGAUCAUGGAUGAAUGUAUUCCCUGUGACCGAGCCAACAGAGACUUCUGUGUCAAGUUCCCUGAGGAGAUUCGCCAUGACAACUUAGCAGGCCAGCUGUGGUUUGGAGCAGAGUGUCUAGCUGCAGGUUCCAUCAUCAUGAACAGGGAGAUUGAGAGUAUAGCGAUGAGGCCGCUGGCAAAGGACCUGACUCGCAGCCUGGAGGAGGUACGCAACAUCACCCGAGACCAGGCCCUGCGAGACCUCAAUUUCUACACAGACCGCAUGAAGGACGCACUGCGACAUUUCGACAACCUUUUUGCUGAGUUCGAACUCAGCUAUGUCUCAGCCAUAGUGCCUGUCAAGUCUCCCAAAGAAUACUAUGUACAGCAGGAGGUGAUUGUGCUCUUCUGUGAGACAGUAGAAAGGGCACUAAACCUAGGCUACCUCACACAAGACAUGAUUGAUGACUAUGAGCCUGCUUUGAUGUUUACAAUUCCCAGACUAGCCAUUGUAUGUGGAUUGGUCGUGUACUCAGAAGGACCUCUAGACCUUGACCGAAAAGCAGAGGAUAUGUCUGAGCUCUUCCGCCCUUUUCGUACUUUACUGAAGAAAAUCAGAGACCUACUACAGACUCUAUCAGAGGAAGAGCUACUGAUGCUAGAGAGGAACCUCUGUAUCUCUCAGGAUGGCGAGUUACCCACAGGCCAGGAGGAGGUCACAGUCCGCAUACCAGCACCUAUCCAAGAGAAUAAAUCCUCCUGUAGCCCAUCUAAUGUCACCUCCAAGCCGGGUGGUGAUGAGGAGCAAAAGCAUCUGUCUCUGUUUGUCUGCCCCAACCAUAAGGAGGAGUUGGCAGAGGUGGAAAAAGGCUGGGAGGAGGUGGAAUCCGAGAAAGGGGAGCAGACAGAGGACUUGCAGUGUGAGGAGGCAGAAGAGGCUGAACUUGCUUGUUCCAUGCAGUAUGAUGAGGAAGAACUGGAGCAGCUCAACAUGAUGGUGUACCGCGUAGGAGAUGAGAUGUCAACUCUCCUGUCACCUCCAAGCGAAGGUCAGUCCCCAGCACAUCGUCUCAACAGAGUGGAGGUAGGAGGUGCCAGUGGGGCUUCCAGCACUGAGGCCUCCCCUCUCAGGGCACUGAGGGGUAGAGGAAGGACGGGUAUCUAUUUAGAGGAGGAAGACAGGGUCUUCUUCAUGGAAGAUCUUGACCCAGCAGGAGAUGGCGUUUCCACCAUCUCAAGAGAAGUCCAAAGUUGUGUUGCCUCACCUUCAAAAACCCCAAAGUCUUCUGAUUCUCUGCAGCGUAGCGUAGGUCUACAGUCGGAUGCGGUUCACAACGGUUGGCUACCUGAAGGACCAUCGGAGCAGCUUUGUCUACAACCACGCAGUAAGAACAUCCAGUGUCUAAAUGCAAUGCGCCCUCCAUCAUGCACAUCUGUUCCCAGCUCUGAACCGUUGCCUUACACCAAUGGCUGGGAAAUGGGCUUAGAGGGCACUGUGAACGAAACCGCAGAAGUCAUUGCCCAUCGUAUGGGCGGCAUGAAGCUUUCAGCCACAGUCAUAUUCAACCCUCGCUCCCCUAGCUUGACGGAUUUGGCGGUGGAUAAGAUGUUGCUUCCUCGGCCCUCUUCCUCAGAGAUUGAACCCUGCAGCCUGGUGGCUACGCACUGCUUGCUUAACUCUUGUGUCUGCUGUGGGAGCUGUGAAGACGCCCUCGACGAGGCCAUCACCUCUGAGACCGCAGGCCUUGGGUUAGGUUUCACUCUAAGAACAGAUAAACAUCACAAGACUUCGGCCCCCGGCUCUGUCUUCCAGUCUUCUGCUUGCCGGCUACCCCCGCGAGGCCGCAACAGAAGAGAACUUUGCCAGCUGUCUCACACUUCUUCCCGGCGCUUGAAUGAGCCCCUGGAAGAGGAAGGGAGUACUGAACUAUGUGAGAAGUGCCUGAUGGACGAUCCACAGGUGGGGCAUCACACUCAGGACUGUGGCAACAAUAUAGGGGACGAACCCUCUACAUGCAACAACCAAAAGAGGACUGAAAGGAGGGAACAUUCAACCGGAGCUCCACUGACGGACAAGGGGGUAGAUAAAGACAAUGAAGGAAUUAAGGAAUCCAAGAGGGACACCAAAGAAGAGAGCAGAAGGGGCUCUAGUCUUCACAACUCCCCCCUCAGCUCUGUGUCAGGUAGUGACUGUGAGAGUGUGUCGGUCACCACAUGUAGUCUAUCCAGCAGUGUUUACACUCCCAGCCCCAUCAGUAGCCUCACUCCCAGCUCAGGGACAUCAGAGGACCUGGACCAUGAGGAGAUCCGGAUAGCUCUGCAAGAUGCCAAGAUGGCUGCCCGAAAUAAGAUUCGCUCACGCUUCCACAGCAGCAAUGACCUCAUCCACCGGCUCUUUGUUUGUAUAUCAGGUGUUGCUGACCAGCUGCAGACAAACUACGCCAGUGACCUUCGCAGCAUCCUCAAGACACUGUUUGAGGUUAUGGCAACCAAGACCGAGCAGGGAGACAACGAGAACCAAAAGAAAGGUCCUGUUCUACGAAGUGCAGUACUCGAGGACUGUGCUCUCUGUCAGGAGACCAUUUCCUCAUCAGAAAUAGCAGCCAAGGCCCGUGAAGGCCAGUUUGAAGAUCUGCCUGACUGGGUUCCAGAUGAAUUGUGUAACUCCUGCAUCGCCUGCAAGGCUCCUUUUACUGUCAUCCGCAGGAAGCACCAUUGUAGGAGCUGUGGAAAGAUCUUCUGCUCUCGCUGCUCCUCCCACUCUGCUCCAUUGCCUCGAUACGGCCAAAUGAAGCCCGUCAGGGUGUGCACACACUGCUAUAUGUUUCAUGUCACGCCUUUCUACAGUGACAAGGCCAACAUUUGAAGCACAGGCCCCCACUGCAACAGCAAGGACGAUGCAAAGAUUCCUCCAUGGUUGUCAAAUCUGCAAGGAGAGUGAGAGGAUGGGGAAGAAAGCAAGGGAAGGUCUCACCUGCUCUUACGAUAUGGUGCUGGAAUGGCAAGCAAUGGCUUGGAUCUCUGAGCCAAGAUGGUCUCCACACAGUAUUGACACGUGACUGUGGAGUUGUAAAAGACAACAGAAGAUGAGGCGUUUGCAGACUUUGAACUGAAAUUCGGUGCGCAACAUGAAAACAGGCCACCCUCUGAAUUUUAUUUCUUUUCAUGUAAAACUGAAUUCCCUUCCUAUUCUACAGCGAGCUUCCUACAUUCGUGCCAGAGCUCCCACGGGACUCGGAUUAGUCAAAGAAUGUAAGUUAUGAUAAGUAUGUAAAUAAGGAUCAUUCUGGUCAUAACCACACCUCAAUGUCUGCUGUUGCUUUUCACGCUGGAACCGGUCAAAAAUCCUCUCCAUGCUUUCAGUCGCAUUGACACAAUAGUUCAAAUCAUGAUAGCUUUUGUAUUGGAUUUUGUCACACUUUUGAUGGCACUGAAUGUUUAUUUUGGAUCACUUGGUCAAAUGGGUCAAGACUCCAUCACAGCAGUUUGCCUUCUUCUUUUACGGGCUGUGCCCUUUGCACACACUGGGUGCUUCUCUGCUCUGCGGAAUGAAUUAAAGGGACUCGUAGUUAGCAGUGUCUGGUCUGCAAGGCCCUCUGGUGGAGAGUUGACUCCUCCACACAGGAUCACAUUUUUAAUUUGAACCGAAAGCCUUCUUCGCUGGUGUUGUCUUGCAAACUGCAGUUUGUGCAUUGCUUUCUUCCGUCUUCUCAAUCUAGUGCAAUAUUCUGAUAUUUUACAAUGACCAAAUGUUUCUUCUUCCAAAUGGUUCAAGCCGUUUUAUCAGUUUAUUCGUGUUGCUUUUAGGGCACCAAUGGCAAUGAUUUUAAUCAUUGAUUAAUCUGUCAAUUAUUAUUAUUUGCGUCAUUUCUUGAUUACAGUGCAAAAAAUGAGGUGAUCAUGAUUCAGUUUCUGGUUUGGUCUGUAACAUCAGAAAAUAAGCAACCGUUUUGAAGUAAAAGCAGAUGUUUCCAAAUCUUUUAUUAUGAUUAAACACAAAGAUGAGUCUACUUUAUUUGUAGGACAAAUCUAAUUAUUAAUAUUUUAUGUUUCAGCAAUAUAAUCAUAUGUUCAGGUAGAAGGCUGAAACUCCAAGAAUGUGGACAAUUUAAAGUUAAUCUCGAACAAUGAAUGAUCAAAAGCCAUUAGAUUAAUUUGAUCAAAAAUUAGAUGUGGCCUAAAUAUUUCACCUCUUGUUGAUUUGCUAAACAUUUUACAUAUUGACUGAUACUCGCGUGAGGUACGUCACACUGAAGCUGCCCGAACUUGUCUCAUUUGCAUUCGAUGUGCUGUGCUUUAAUUGCAGUGACAAAGAAUCUUUAGCACUGGUCAUCAUGUUAUAAUUCAUUAGGUACAUGAGAUUGGGCAUUGUGUCAUUCUGCUGUGACUCAAAGCAGCUUCUCAGGCAUUUCAUAAUCAGGAACACGCUCUGCUGUUGGCCCGGUCUUAUUGCCCUUAAAAUGCAACCUCACUACGGAAGGGUCUUGCUUUUUUCUUUUAUAAAGAAUAAAAACGGCCUAUGGAGCUAUAUCAAUUUCAUGUAUAUUAGGGAAUCAUGCAGUAAUUUAAAUGCCGAGCCUUCUAUUGUUUCAGAGCUUGGUCUUAUUUUGUAAAAUGACACUACAUUUGAUGGGAGCUGUGUAAUUUUUUUUUAAUGAUGUUAAUAUGGUUUUAAAUGCAAUGUAAACUUAAAUAAAUUAACUUUUCCGG